AUGUCGAGUAUCGAUGAUGUCAUCAAGGCAGCGAUUCAAAACGAAUUACAAGAUGUCUCGGAGCAGCUCAAGAAGCAGGACGAGCGGUUCGACGAACUGAAGCAGGCCUUCGAGGAGGUCUCUGGCCACGUCGCAGAGCGCGGACGAGAGACGGAGAAGCUCCGCGAGGAUGUGGACAGGCAAAAGACCGAUCUCGAAGCGCUGGAUGCCCGUACGAAGUCGGACCUAGAAGCUUCCAUCAAGGAAGUCAAGGACCGGUUGGACCGGCACGAGAACGACACGGAAGGCCUGGCAGGCCUCGUGCAGCUUCGGACCAAGGUGGAUGGCUUUGCUGAGGAACUCACGAAAAUCCUCGCCAAGAUGGAGGACCACGGGAAGACGGUGGCUUCUUCGAAGUCCCGCACUGACAAGUGUGAGGAAACGCUACGCGACAUUGAAAGGAAAUGUGAUGAUGCCGCAUCCACUGUCAAGACCAACCAGGACACUCUGCAGAAUGUCGAGCAGACCUGCGUGGAUGUGCGGGAGCGUCAGCAGGUGGUGGAAGACCAGGUGGUAAAGAAAUACGACUCGCUUUGGCAGGAUGUGCUGAGGGAAAUGGAGAAGUUGAAGGUGAACCAGGAACAGCUGAUGAUGGAGGACAUACAGCGCCGACAGCUGGAUCACAGGCGAGAAGGCCGAUCUCACGUGAAGUAUGUGACACAGCUGGUAGCGUCGGUGCACGAUGAGCGCCGCAAGCUUGCCAUCGCCAAAGAUCUUAUGACAGUAUGGCAGCAGCACACUUGGACAAGUCUUCGCAGGAGAACUGGCAUUCAAUGGCUCUGUGCAUCCCUCGCCGGUGUGGGAAAGAAACGCCAACACCAGUUCCUGAGCCGGUGGAAGCGGCACACGUCCAUCUGGACUCUGGUGAAACAGCUGCGUGAGGAAUAUAUUAAGCUGAUACCGGAUGUGCAGAAGGAGAUAGAGGCCUCUGGACUUCCUGCCAGGGUCAGGUUCCUGGAAGAGUUCGUGCAGACGCUGAGGACAGAGUUGGAUUCCUUGAUGGAGACGGUGAAAGAGCAUUCGACGGCUCUGGCAAUAAAUGCCGAAUGGGUGGAAAAGACGAGGGUCAUCAUCCUCGAUCUCACUCAGAGGCUAGACGAGGUGGAUGCCAAAGUUGCAGACGUGCUGGUCUCCUGUGGAAAGAGGAUGGAUGAGGUGGAGGCUCGCCUGGCGGUCUGUGAAAAGAGCGUCGACGACCUGUCCGAGGCACAGAAGGCUCUUGCCCUUGCAAAAGAUGUUCAGUCCAUCAUGCGCGACGUCCUGCUCAUCUGGAAUUCCAUCAAGCAGCUUGAUGCCGCAAAGGCCGACAAGAAGGACAUGGACUCCUUUGCGCUUGAAACAAGCAAGAGGGACAGGCAGUCCUUACGCCGCAUCGAGGAUUUGCAGUCUUCCGUCACGAUCCAACUCCGAGAGGAGACACUGCGAAUACAGGAGAAGUGUGCACAACUGGACGUGAAGGUCGAUGAAUCAUCCAAGCAGUUUCUUCACUGGGAGCAGAUGUGGGAGCGACUUGCAGCCUACGUCGAGGAGUUGGUCAAGCAGGUUGGUGACAUGCAAUGGGGCAGGACUAACUGCGGAGGCUGCCGACCUCCGAGCGGGCGUGUCAGGCUGCGUCCCGCGAGCGCAACCUUUCCUCGUGAUGGCUCGGAAUCCGAGAAUGGGCUUGUUUAUGUGAACAGCGAGACCCGCAUCAGAGCCACGGAUGUGCAUCCUGACACUCCUCCGCCGAUAGAUCGAGGUCCAGGUCCCGGCAUGUCGCGCACGCGCCAGAGGAUGUUCAUGGACCCCACCAGGCCCGCGCCGAGUUGA